CGUCAGCCCCCACCACGCUCCCUCCGCAUCCCCGCCGGCGUGGGUCCUGCACGCUUCCCUAAUCAUUUCUGGCGAGCUAAUUAAUAAGCUCGCUGCGCCCCGCGAUGCAGGGCUUCCUACGGGUUGCGGCGAGAGGCGGCUUUGCUCCUCCCCGUCUCUCCUGCCGCUGACUCUGCCCACUGAGCCGCACGAAGAGCCGAGGAGGAGAAAUGGAGGGGGAAUUGGCCAGGAGCAAAGCCCGGCUGCCCUCGCUGCUGCUGGCGCUGCUGGGCCUUGGGCCAGAGCUCCUCUUCGGCCAAGCCCGGGCGCAGCCCCGGCAGGUGAACGGCGUCCUGGGGGGGUCCGUGCUGCUCUCCCCACUUCUGCCCCCCAACAAGACGGUGAAGGAGAUCGAGUGGAGCUUUUCAGCCGGCGCCGGUGCCACCAUUCAAGUGGCAGAGUUCGGCCCCGGCGGCUUCGAGCGCCCCGACCCCAAGGACCAGUUCAAGGAGCGGCUGGAGAUGUUCAACGCGACGGCGCUGAAGAUCAGGGCCCUGGAGAGGGGCGACAGCGGGGUCUACGGGGCUCGGAUUAAACUGCACCCGGCGCUGGUGGAGGAUCAGUCCUUCAACCUCUCCGUCUACGAGUCGGUGCCGAGCCCCCGGACCCGCAGCCAGCUCCUGGCCAGCACCCUGGAGUGGUGCAACCUGACGCUGCAGUGCCAGGGCACCGGCAAAGGCGCCGUCAACGUCACCUGGAAGAGGGACAACAUCAUCCGGGACCUGACCUCCGACCGCCACCAGCUCUCCCCGGACGGCACCACCUUACGGGUGGCCCUGCCACCCACCGCCGCCAACGUCACCUACGCCUGCACCGUCAGCAACCCCGCCGACCAAAAGGUCGUCCUCUUUGACCUGCAAGCCAUCUGCCAAAGCGGAGGGGGACAGACGUCCUUCUCCAAGUCGGGGUACAUCGUCCUGACCCUCAUCCUGCUGGCGGUGAGCCUGGGGGGAGCCUUCUGGUGCUGGCGGAUGAAUAGCGAGAAGGCGGCAGACCCAGCUGCCACCCCCACGGUCCCUGCCGAGGAGAGCCCCUCCGACCCCCAGUACACCGAGAUCGUGCACCGGAGCCCCCCGGAAGGUAAUGACCAGGGCCUGGGUCACCCCGAAAAUAGCCAGGAGCAGAGCUCGCCGCAGAAAGCACCAGUCACCACCGUCUACGAGCAGAUCCGCCGGGCGCCAGAGGACACGGCCGAGGAGGUGACAUAGACCCUCAGGCACCCGCAGAGCCGCAGCAUCGGGAUUUUCCGGAAGGGCUGUAAAGUGCGUUGUGUGCCAAAUCCGAACCCUCCAGCCCCUGUUUUGGCUCCGGGGAUGGGAGGCCCCAUCUCGGGGUGACAGCCGGACGGACGCUUCCCCCCCCUCUCCCCCUGACACCUCCAGUUUCUCUCCAACCUCCUUGUCUGACGCCCUCCGAGACUUUCUGGGGAGCGGGAUCUCGGACCGAGGCAGAGACCAGCGGCGGCGAAGCUGGGGGAUCUUCCGUGGUCCCCGGAUGCCCCGGGAUGCUCUGGGAUGGGGGGGGGAUGACACCGGGGUUCACCUCCCGCAUGCCACCACUGCCAGGCUCGGCCAGGGCUGGGGACACUGGGGAGGGCACAGGGACACAUUCUGGUGCUGGUUGGGCCGUGCCGCUCUGGCACAGCACUGUGGGUCCAGGAUGAGACCCCUGGGGGGACACUGACCCCCCCCAUCCUUCCCCAGCCCCCUCCCAGCCUCCAGCUCCUCGCGGGGACCUUCUGUGCGGUCCCACCCGCUUCACCACUGCCACAGAGACACGGGGGGGGGGAGACACCCCAGCAUGUCCCCCCCAGCCCCGUCCCAUGCGGCUCCAUUGGAGGGGACCCGGGUGGCAUCUCCGGGGCCAAAGAGGGAUGCAGAAGGGACCGUCGCCCGUGCAGAUCCACCAAGGAGCACCCCCGUUUCCCCCCCAUCCCCCACACCGCCAUAGCCGUUGCCCGUGCAGCUUGUGCACCGUCGCGACGGAGGGGGUGUCACUGCCUGUGUGUCCAGCACCUACUGUCACGGGGCCCCUCGCUCAGCCGGACCUCCCGCCGCUGUACAAACAGCAAAUAAAUGUUGGUGAGAUCA